UUCCUUAGCUUAGUGUCUUUGCUGUAGCUCUUAGCCAGCUAUUUUGCUUUAUUUGCUUUAAGAGAGAUCACCUAAAUAUCUGCAGAAACACCUUGCAAGGGCACCUAUACUUGGGCAAAAUUGCUACUGGUAGCUCACUUUACAUAAUAGUUCCGCCCACAGCCCAAUGGAGCGGCGUGAUUGGUCAGUCCAAGGAAGCAUGUAUUACACAGAUGUGCAUGAAGAGCAAACUCCAGUCAGAGCGUACCUCAUAUGUCAUCUGUUUACUUGCAGCUUGACCGGAAGAGAGAGAGAGUCCAACAGUUGAUUCUGUUUUUAUAGGGAAGCACAAAUCCACGGUGAGAGUUUGAUAGCAAAAGUGAGUUAAAUAGCAAGAAGCAGAAGUCAGACGCAAUCUACAGUAUAUCCAGUUUCCUGCUGGUUUGUUUGGACUACACUGUCUGGGACAAUGGACGACUGCAUUUCCCAGAUUAAACAGUUUGUGACUGAGCAUACAACUGGACUGACAGUUGUCUUCAUAGCUGGUGCUGGGCUUUUCGCAUUGCGCAGGCAUAUGGCUGGUGGCUGGUGUCACAGUAAAGCUCGACUGGAUGGCAAGACGGUGCUGAUCACCGGAGCGAAUACAGGGAUAGGGAAGGAGACAGCUGUGGACAUGGCCAGGAGAGGUGCGAGGGUGAUCCUGGCGUGUAGAGAUAUGGGCCGGGCAAACCGAGCUGCGGAUGAGAUUCGGAAACGGAGUGGAAAUGGGAACGUGGUGGUGAAGCAGCUGAACCUGGCCUCCUUGCAGUCAGUGCGCGCGCUCGCCGCUGAUGUAAAAGCCAACGAGGGGCGUCUGGAUAUUCUCAUCAACAAUGCAGGUAUCAUGAUGUGUCCAAAAUGGAAGACGGAGGACGGCUUUGAGAUGCAGUUUGGGGUGAACCACCUGGGUCACUUCCUUCUGACCAACAGUCUGCUGGACCUGCUGAAGAAAUCAGCCCCCAGCCGAGUGGUCAACGUGUCCAGCCUGGUCCAUGAGAGUGGCAAAAUUCACUUUGAUGAUAUCCACCUGGAUAAAGACUACGACCCCAUAAUAAGCUACAGUCAGAGCAAGCUGGCCAACAUUCUUUUCACCAGAGAGUUGGCUAGGAGACUGUCAGGCACAGGUGUGACAGCCUACAGCCUCCACCCAGGUGCAAUCCGCACUGAGCUGACCCGAAACAUGACCCAGUCCCUGCCCCUCUGGAAGCUGAUAAUGUAUUCACCUCUGAUGCUGCUCUGGCCCUUCAUCAAGUCAUGUGAGGAGGGAGCACAGACCACCAUCUACUGCGCUGUGGACGAGAGCCUGCAGAAUAUCAACGGCCUCUACUACAGUGACUGUGCCCCAAAGCAGGCAAAACUUCAGGCAUGUGAUGAUGCUGCUGCUAUGAAACUCUGGGACAUCAGUGCCUCCAUGGUGGGACUGGCCUAAGAAAAGACACUCCCUCUUUACCACACACACACACACACACA